UGGGUGACAGAGUAAGACCCUGUCUGGAAAAAAAAAAAAGGAAAGAAAAUUCUAGAGUUAUUAUAGUCAACAAUAUGUAAAACAAAUUAAAUAUGCAAACUUCGUAAAACCUCAGAUGACAUCACUGUGGUUCUUGAUCAUUGGUCUUCACCAGCUAACAAUUUUUAAAGUGCUGCAAUAUUAACAACUGGCCUACCUCAGAAAGAAAGCGUAAAGAGAACUGAGUUUCUAUUUUUAGACAUAGUAAUUUCACAGAUAUCAGAGAAGCAGACAGUGUACAAAAUCAAUUGAGUCACACUUAAAAGGAGGGGUUGGUGGAUGGGGAGAAAGGCUGCUCUAUAAUGGAGAAAACAGAUUAAAUCAUUUGACCCAGUUUUUGUGAGAGUGCUUUAUAAGCAAACUUCAAGUAUAAGUUCUAUAAUGUUUUAUUAAAUCUAGUUCUAAAGUGGAUGUUUUAAUUCAAAUUUGAGGGUAUAUAUUUAUUAAGAUAUUUAAAUGUAUCAAAGUUAUAAUAUAAGCAUGCCAAAUAUAAAAAAAUAGAUUUUGGAAAUAAAAAAGUAGAGUAAACGCUUUUUAAAUCAAAUUUAAACGCACAUUCACGUCUUUCUCAAUCAGGUGAUUCAUGAGUCAACAAGGCUGACUCUUAACAAAAGGAGUAAAGCUCUAAAAUCUCCAAGAUUUAAAAGCAAAAACAAACAAAAACCAGCCAUGUGUUGUUGUUGUUUUUUAAUAGCUUUCGGAUCAGAUAAUUUAGUGAGUACUUUUCACCACUGAUGCAUUAUGUGUGCAGGGGCUCGUGAAGCUUGAUAUCCAAACUGAACAAACGGCCUUGGCUGCUCAGAACAUCGUGGGAAAGAAACACCGCCGUUCGCCUUGCAGAUGCACCAUCCGUGCUUCCGUUUGGAAAAGGCCACGUAGACGAAUGCCUUCUGGUGAGUUCACCAUUCUCGCCCACAGUCUGAUGUCUCAGCCUGUGAACCCAGAGCAGCCACUCUCGGCCCCCUCAGGCCUGUCCAGGAAUCAGCAAAGCCUCUGUCUGGGGCAAAGCUGCCCCCGCUUUUUUUGUGGCCACUGCAUGGAAGGGGGUAACUGAUGGACUUCAGCACUCGUCCUCGUCAGGCCCCGGCCCAGGGAGCUCGAUGCACUGAGAGGCCCAAGGCCUGGCACCACCAUCUCCAGGCUCAGGUCAGCUGGAUCUGGGUCCCUGGCAGAGGCAGAAGAGUCUCCCCUCCUCUGUGCCUCAUAACCUUGAGAGCAUACAUGUCUCCAAGCAUUUACCACUUGUAUCAAUAGUUUGUGUCUAUUUCCAGGAGACAGAGCUGGUGCCAUUUCCUUGAGGUUAGAGAUCAUCUGGUAGUCACCUUUACAGACCUUGAGGGUAGAAAGGGGUAGCCCCCUUUCCUGGUGUGUAAAAUGGGAAUUAUUCCUAAAAAGCAGGAUCACGGUGCAGAUGAGAUCACAGUUGAGGACAUGUAGCAGAUAAUUGUAACAACAGAAGCAGUCACUCUUCAUCCCACUUCACAGCUCUGGGGAUGUGGAAUCCAUCUUUUUUUUAACCAAAGGAUGCCCAUGGUGCAGAUCUGAAUGCAACGGUCUUCCUUACCUUUCAUGAUAGCAACUUAAGGAAUAGCACAUAAGAAUUUUCUUAAUUCAUACAAAGUUUAUAAUCAAAUAGAAUUACUAUUGUUAUUACACACACACACACACAGUCCUCUCCCAAUCUUAAGACAAAAGGGUUUCUUAGAAACUGGUGUGGAUCUAAUGCCAUCCAAGUAUUAUUGGUGGUGUUUGUAUGCUGAACUGGGGGGAUAUCCUCCAGGCAUCUGCUCUUUAAGAACAAGGAUGGGGUGGCGAGAAGAGAGAGGAAGAGGCAAUUACGGCCUUUGGAGAAAACCAGCACUAAUGCUUCUGGCUGGGAGGUCCUUAAGCUUAGUACCACUUUUUGUUUAUGAUAAUGUUUACAGACAGGGCUUCUCAAUUAUGAGAACCCAGUGUGAUCAACACUUAAUCUCACCCAACUUCAACCAUGCUGAAGAGGCACUAUGGCCCAGGGCACUUCAGUUCUGAGCAUGCAGAGUGAUAUUCACUGUGAAGGUGGUUGUUGGAAACCAUUUACACAGCAACCCAAAUGUUACUACCUUCCUCACUUUCCCCACUUCCCAUUCUCUUCUCUUUUUUCUUUUUCUGUUUCACAUACUUUUCAAAGGCCUUCCCAUGCCGCUACACAGGAAUACUGUUCUUAUCUGCAGUAGGCUGACUAAUGACCCUUAAAGAUAUCAAGUCCUGAUCUCUGAAACCUCCAAUGUUACCUUAUAUGAAAAAAGGGUCUUGCAGAUGUAAUUAAAUUAAAAGAUCUUGAGAUGGGGAGAUCAUGCUGGAUUCUCCUGGUAGGCCCUAAAUGCCUUCCCAAGUGUCCCUUUAUGAAAGAGGCAGAGAAGGCCAGGUGUGGUGGUGCACACUCAUAGGCCUAGCUACUUGGGAGGCUGAGGCUGGAGGAUAACUUGAGCCCAGAAGUUCAAGGUUACAUGAACUAUAAGUGCACCACUAUACUCCAGCCUAGGCAACAGAGCAAGACCAGGUGUCUAAAACAAAAACAAAACAAAACAAAACAAAAGAAAGAAAGAAACAGGUAGAGGGAGAUUUGACAGACAGAAAAGAGGUCAUGUGAACACAGACGCAGAGAUCAGAGUGAUGCAGCCACAAGCCCAGGAAUGCUGGCAGCCACCAGAGGCUGAAAGCAAGGCACUUUCUCUAUAUCCUCCAGGGGAAGUGUGGCCUUGCUCACACCUGAAUUUCCAUCCCAUAAGACCAAUUUCGGACUUCUGGCCUCCAGAACUGUAAAAGAGUAAGUUUCUAUUGUUUUAACCCACCAAGUUUGUAGAAAGCUAUUACAGCAGCCACAGGAAACUAAUGAAUUUUUUAAAGAGAUAACCACCCAACCCAUAGAUUGGGCAAAUCUGGACAGCCAGGUACCCAUUCCAAUGAAGUGAUGGUUAAGAGAAUCACAGCUGAUUAAAACUUCCCACUUCCAAAUAUGCAGAAGCAGAUAUGUUAAACCCCAUAGAGACUUCCCUCCCCCAAAUUAUGAAAGGGCUGUGUUUUUUUGUUAUAAGAAAUGCAAACCAACUUAACAGCAUUAACACUGGAGAAUCGGCUACCACUGUAACAGUUUCAGAGAGAAAACUCUAGCCAUCGGGAACAGAUGGCCCAGGACACAGCCCUAGCAACAGGCCCAAAGCUCCAGGCAUACACAAGUUAACAGACAUGGUCUCUGUGCCAAGGGGCAUACAAACUAGUGGAGAAACCGGCCUUUGAGCAGAUGGGAAUAGGUGAAAUAGAUGGUAUAGUGGAAUCACUGAAGCACAGAGGGAGGCAGCCUCGGUCUGACACUUGAAAUUGGAUUUGCCUGCAGAUUGAAUAGGAAAAGGCCAUCCCAGGAAGUGCCUGUGACAGACUACAUGGCUAGAGGGGUUAGCAAAGGCGAGGCAAGCAGAAAGCAAAGCCACCUUGGCAGCACUGGACAGGCCAUGCCCAGCUAUGAGGCCGCAGGCAUCUGCAAGCCACAUGGGAGGGUGGGUGGGUAUACAGCACCAAUGCAAGUUAACCCGAGUUGCAUUUGGAAAGAUAAAUUUGAUUGAAAACGCACUAGGCUGGGAAGGGAAGGAAGCAAAACUGAGGCAGGAACUUGGUUGCAAUGGCUACAGAUUGGACAGAGCUGCUGCAGGCCAGAAACAGCUGAAAUAAGGCUGGUAAGGACAGGUUUAAGUGGCAUUUAAGAGGUAGAUUGAUAGGACUUAGUGACAGUUGAAUGCAGACAUUGAGAAAUAACCGUCAAGUUUCUGGUUUGGGUAGCAAGGCAGACAGCAGCAUCUUUAAUUAAGUAGGACACAGUCAAGGAUGGAAAAAAUGGUUCAAGGGCAGAUAGAAUGUCGAUAGGAAGUCCAGCUGUGAGCUUGCUGUGUGCACAGCUGUGGGUUGUCCGCAGGGUGUCUAAUGAGGUGGCUGCAUAAACAAUGUGCAUUUUGUAUAAAAGAACAUAUGUGUCUAUGGUGUGAGAGAUCCUGUUUGGGGUGCUUCAGUGUACGGCUAACACUAAGAAGUAGAGGGAGAUUUGACAGACAGAAGAAGGCCAUGUGAACACACAGGCAGAGAUUGGAGUGAUACAGCCACAAGCUCAGAAAUGCUGGCAGCCACCAGAAGCUGAAAGAGGUAAGGAAUUUAGACUGAAAGUCAGGCAUUGGGCAGGCAGAGGCAAACAAGAAACUGCAGGGCGGAUGAGAGGGUGCUGGCUGGCAAAUCCAACAUCACCAACACGAGUGGUGUCAACAAAACCUGCACCAGGUGUUAUGGGAGCACAGAGGAGGGAGCACCAACCCUAGAUACAGCUGAGAAGAUGCCAGUCAGGUGGGGUGGGGAGGUGGUGGAAUCCUGGAGGAAGAAACACCAAUCAAGAUGAAAUUAUCCCGUUAAAACAGGGUGGUAGUGGUGGGGGCAAUAGCUCAGGCAGAAGGGACAACACACUUGAAGCCCAGAAGCCCAGAGGCAAGAGACAGAGCAAGACUAAUUUAGAGGCCUGCGUGUCACAGUGGAGGUGGGGGAAAGAUGGGAGAGGCUGGGGCAAGUCCUCAGGCACUUGUGCGUUGUGGUUUGAACUCUCACCUAGGCAACGGAGAGCCAUUAAACCCUAUGCAAGGGAGUGGCAUGAUCCCUUUUGCUGUUUAGAAAAAUCGCUUUGGCUGUAAUGUGAGGGUGGAUUAAAGGAGGAAACCUGGAGGCUGGGAGAGCAGUUAAGCGGUUACGUUACCAGAGAAACAUUGAGGAGGUCGGACGGACAGGACUUGGGGAUAGACCCAAUACUGGAAGUGAGGGAGGAGCCCACCAUGGUGCCCACAUUCCUGGCUCCAGCAACUGGGCAUAUGUUCCAAGCAUGGAUGAGACUGCAUAGGGUGUGUGUGCCAAAAAACCCAGUGCGAGCAUGGGCAGGGGCAGAAGGGCCAACACAGCCGGCCCAGGAGGAGCAGUCAGCCAAGAGGUGGGAAAUCCAGGGAAUGAGGCGUAACUGAAGCAAUCACUGCUGAAGCAAUUGGAAGCGUGUCACAAAUCAAAGACAGCAACUGAAAGAUGCAACGGUUUCUGCCAGAUUUGGCAGUUAGGUCAAUUCCAGUGAAAUGGUGAGGCCAAAAGCCUGAUCAUAUAGCUCAAAGCAGAGACACUAAUGUGUAUCGUCCUGAGGAAGGUUGAAAAAACAAAAAACAAAAAACAAAAAACAAAACAAAACAAAAAAACAGCUAAGCAGGUGGCUAGAAAGGGAUCGCUCAAGGGAGGCUGCUUCCAGCAUGUGGUAAAGCGAGUACUAGUUUUCUCACCUAUAAAACUAGGAUAGCAGCACACACUCCCCCAGCCUAAUCACAGGGGAACCUAAAACUCAAGGUUCUUUUAAGACUUAUAAUCACUGUUGCCUUCUACCUUCAGAACAGUCACUUUGUGCUUUUCCACCAUACAGUUCAAAAUACAGACACUCUUUAGGCUGGGCAUGGUGGCUCACACCUGUUAUCCAAGCACAUUGGGAGGCUGAGGCGGGUGGAUUGCUUCAGACCAGGAGUUUGAAACCAGCCUGAGCAACAUGGUGAAACUCCAUCUCUACCAAAAAUACAAAAAUUAGCUAGGUGUGAUGGAUGCACCUAUAGUCCCAGCUACUGCAGAGGCUAAGACGGGAGGAUGGCUUGAGCCAGGGAGUGGAGGCUGCAGUGAGCUGAGAUCAUGCCACUGCACUCCAGCCUGGGACUGACAGAGACUCCAUCUCAGGAAAAAAAAAAAAAAAAAAAAAAAAUUAAAGUGUUUUAAAGUUGUAGGAGAAAAUUUUUGGGUGCAAGAUUCUUUAUGUAAGACUAAGAGUCCUCUUAAAAUUAGUCAAACUAAUAAUCUACAACAGAGCUGUUAAUUUGGCAACAAAUUUUUAAUUUGUAUCAAUCUAAUGUCUGUCUUUCACAUACUUCCAAACACUACAUAAAUUAUUUUACCUAGUGCAUACAACUUUCAAAAACUGUAUUUGGCAAUUGACAGACCCUUGACAAUUAUUAACAGGGGUUUUACAUCCCGGAGUUUGAGUGUCUGCGGGAGAACCGUCCCUGCAGGAGGCACUCCCCCUCCACCUGCGACCCGGGCUGGGAGAACACGCGGAGGGCUCCCUUGAGCGGUCUCCGCCAGCGAGGCUUUCCUCCCGGUCGGUGUUGACAGUGUGGCAUUUCUGUUAUCUAAUUUCUGGUUUUGACUGAAAGCGAAGUGAGUUUUCUCAUCAGUGGAGUUGUAAUAUUUCUGCCAAAAAAAAAGAUCACAGCCCUCCGAUGAGCGGGGGCACUAUGCAAAGUCUCCGGCUGCCUGCGGGCCGCUGUGGACGCCCCGGCGGGGGUCAGGGCCGGCCCAGAGGAGUCACCCUCGGACCGACCCCCAUCUGCGCGGCGAACGAGCCCGGACGCCCUGGCCGCGGCCGCCGGGUCCCCACCCAGGGGCCAGGUGGCCAGGUUGCGUCGGGAGGAGGAAAUCGAAGCGCUCUGAGCGACUAUCGGCAGGAGCCGCCUCCCGCGGGCUUUCCUCGCGGGCCGAGAGCGUCUGCCGCCGACCCGAGGACCGCAGGGCCCCGCUCGCCGCCCGCGCCCGUCAGAAAGCCGCGCGUCGCUCCCGUCGCUGUCGCGGUCGUAGGCUCGGGGAGCCGCCCGCCGUCCACCGGUGAACGGGAGCGCGUCCUCCCCUGCCAGGGACUAAGCGGCCGCGCCACGCAUCCCGCCGCGCCGGAAGCGGGGACUACUGGCGGCCCAGCUGGGCAGGACCGCGGCCGAAUGACCCGGGGCGACCCCGCAGCAAAGGCGCCUCCGGCAGGCGGCAAAGUCCCCUGAGAAUCGGCGUGCUCCUCGCCGCGACGGACUCCACCCGGCCGGGGCGCUCAGCCUCCUCGCCGUGGCCCCCAGCCCGGCCGCCUCCCCUAACGGCCGCCGCAGGCUCCCCUCAUGGACCGAGAGCGCGGGCUCGCAGCGCGGCAGCGUCCGUUCGGCGCGCGGCUCCGGGCAGGCCCGCCCUCCCCCGUCCCCUUGCGCCGCGAGCCCCCCCCCGCGCCCCGCCCUCCGGCGCCCGGCGCCCAAUCAGAGUGCCGCGCACGUGACGAGCGAUGCCUGCGAUGACCUCAUCCCUGGUGUGGGAUGACGUCAAAUUCAAGAUGGAUGGAAUCACAACGGCAGCGGCGGCUGCGGCGCGCGCGAGCCGAGUGUGAGCGGAAAGGGGCCCGGCGUCUGCCUCGAGACUGAAGACCG